CGCUAGCACGCUUUAUUUCCACACAGCAAAACAUCAGCUCUAUUUCCUGUUCUGCGCAGUGGCGUGGAAACAAUAAUGGCGGUGACUGAUAAAUCUACGAAAGAGCGGUUAUUAUCGGUACUGGACGAUUUAGAAGUGUUAUCCAGGGAAUUGAUAGAGAUGCUUGCACUGUCAAGGAGCCAAAAACUCCCCCAAGGAGGCGAGGACACCCAGAUCCUGGAGCUGCUGGUGCAGCGAGACAGAGAGUUCCAGGAGCUGAUGAGGGUGGCACAGGAGCAGGGCAAGGUGCACCAAGAGAUGCAGGUCCUGGAGAAGGAGGUGGAGAAGAGAGACUGUGACAUCCAGCAGCUCCAGAAACAGCUGAAGGAGGCUGAACAUAUACUGGCGACUGCUGUAUACCAAGCAAAGGAGAAGCUAAAAUCUAUUGAUAAGGCCAGAAAAGGGAGCAUCUCCUCAGAAGAGAUCAUCAAAUAUGCCCACAGGAUUAGUGCCAGCAAUGCAGUGUGUGCCCCUCUCAACUGGGUACCAGGUGAUCCACGUAGACCUUACCCGACUGACCUAGAGAUGCGCAGUGGAAUGUUGGGUCACAUGAGCAAUCUGCCAACUAAUGGUGUGAACGGACACCUCCCUGGAGAUGCACUGGCUGCUGGGAGAUUGCCGGAUGUGCUUACACCCCAGUACCCCUGGCAAUCGUCCGACGUCUCAGUGGGUAUGCUCCCCCCGCACCAUGGCAACGACUUUGGGCUGGAGCCCCCCGGCCACAACAAAGAGAACGAGGAUGACGUGGAAGCUAUGUCUACAGACUCAUCCAGCAGCAGCAGUGACUCGGACUGACUGGCUGAGAGUGUGUGUCUGUCUGUCCAUCAGCCCGCCCACCUGUGUGUAUAUAUCUGAAUCAUCAGGUGACUGUGUGUUGGGAAUUGGACACUCCCAGUACAUCGUAGAGCCAGCUAUCUAUCACACUCAUAACCUAUACGAAAAGCUAGAGUUUGAUCACUUUGACCCUCUCUUUUCCCAGCUUGUUGAUGAAACAUUUGUACUAAAUUAUGUCAUCCCCAAUGUAAUACACUAUAUAUACUUUUGAAUGUGGACACCCCUUCAAAUGAGUGGAUUUGGUUAUUUCAGCCACACCCUUUGCUGACAGGUGUAUACAAUCGAGCACACAGCUAUGCAAUCUCCAUGGAUAAACUUUGUCAGUAGAAGGGCCUUACUAAAGAGCUUAGUGAUGUUCAACGUGGCAACAUCAUAGGAUGCUACCAUUCCAACAAGUCAAUUCGUCAAAUUUCUACCCUGCUAGAGCUGCCCCUGUCAACAGUGCUGUUCUCUGGAGUGAUGUGUCAUGCUGUGCCAUCUGGCAGGCCGACGGACGGAUCUGGAUUUGGCGGAUGCCAGGAGAACGCUACCUGCCCGACUGAAUAGUGCCAAUUGUACAGUUUGGUGGAGGAGGAAUAAUGGUCUGAGGCUGUUUUUCAUGGUUCGGGCUAGGCCCCUUAGUU